AUGUCUAGAUCUGGGAUAAAUGGAAAUUUUAUUGAUAAAACCUUUUCAAUUGUAGCCAAUAUCUUAUUACGAAUAAUUCCGACAACUUCGGGAGAAAAAGAGGCAUUCACCUAUUACAGAGAUGGUAUGUCGGCUCAAUCCGAAGGAAAUUAUGCGGAAGCUUUACAGAAUUAUUAUGAAGCUAUGCGACUAGAAAUUGAUCCUUAUGAUCGAAGUUAUAUACUCUAUAACAUAGGCCUUAUCCACACAAGUAACGGGGAACAUACGAAAGCUUUGGAAUAUUAUUUUCGGGCCCUAGAGCGAAACCCAUUCUUACCACAAGCUUUUAAUAAUAUGGCCGUUAUCUGUCAUUACCGGGGAGAACAGGCCGUUCAACAAGGGUAUUCCGAAAUUGCGGAGGCUUGGUUCGAUCAAGCCGCCGAGUAUUGGAAACAAGCUAUAGCGCUUACUCCUGGUAAUUAUAUUGAAGCACAGAAUUGGUUGAAGAUUACGAGGCGUUUCGAAUAA